AGGCGUCGACCCGAGGAAGCUUUUGCUGCCGCGCACAAACAAACCUCCCGCGACCAAAUUCCCCACCCAUCCCCUCGGCCCCUCCCCUCCCCCGAUCAAGCCGCGCUAGGGUUUCCUCUCCCCUCCUCACGACCCCGCGAUGCCGAAGAACAAGGGGAAGGGAGGCAAGAACCGGAAGCGGGGCAAGAACGAGGCGGACGACGAGAAGCGGGAGCUGGUGUUCAAGGAGGACGGGCAGGAGUACGCGCAGGUGACGCGGAUGCUGGGCAACGGCCGCUGCGAGGCGCUCUGCAUCGACGGCACCAAGCGCCUGUGCCACAUCCGGGGCAAGAUGCACAAGAAGGUCUGGAUCGCGGCCGGGGACAUCGUCCUCGUCGGCCUUCGCGACUACCAGGACGACAAGGCCGACGUCAUCCUCAAGUACAUGAACGACGAGGCGCGCCUGCUCAAGGCCUACGGCGAGAUCCCCGACAACGUCAGGCUCAACGAGGGCGUCGUCGACGAGGAGGACACCGGCGCGCAGGACGACUACAUACAGUUCGAGGACGAGGACAUCGACAAGAUUUGAGCCGGCCGGCAGGCCGUCGGUCCAUGGUAAUCGGUAUGCGACCAACAGUAAAUGCUAUUCUCUGUUCCUGUUGCUGUGAUAAUUAUUAUGUCCAUUCGACCUGAAAGGAUGCUUGCGAUGACAGCCGCUGUUGUGAUUAUGUUGUGUGAUACGGGUGGUCAGUCCUCUGUACAAGGAUUGUGAGGAAGUAUGGUGAUAUGGCAAGUAGGGAAUUGAAUCAGAUUCCUCUCUUUGUGUAAUAUGAUUGGGUUUGAUCUCUAUGUCUGUUGCAUUCAACUGAUUCAUCCUGUUCUCUGCGUUGAUCUUAGUACUGGAUUGCUCAA